AUGCCCAGCUCCGAUCUAGUAGAGAUUGACUCUCUUGAAGCACUCGUCAUCAUAGACAAUGAGCUCGACCCUUUGUCGCCCGUCGCGCCAGACACCGUCCAUGUCUCCGGCCUCAUGGCUAGUCUUGCGGCGGGGUCGCCUCACGACCUCAAGGAGAGGGGUGAUGCUCAGAAAGAGCUGAGAAUGGAAGACAUCUGCUGCUCUGCUCACGGGUUGUCAAUACUGGUGACUGCGACGAAAGGUGAUGUGAGCCACUCGGUGCUCUUCGACGCAGGUCCGGAGGAAGAUGCUUGGGAGAGGAACGCGAAGCGGCUAAGGGCAGAUCUUGCCUCUGUAGAGGUUAUCCAGUUGUCGCAUUGGCAUAGGGAUCAUUCGGGUGGUCUUCUGCGCGCCAUUCGCUUAAUCAACGAAGCCAAGCAGGCCAAAGGUCUUCCCAGGGGCCUGUUGGCAGAUUUGCACCCUUCGCGCCCCGACUAUCGAGGGAUGACUAUUGGUCAGAAGAUCAUAUCCCUCCAAGCUGAUCCUGCAUUCGAGGAGAUCGAGGCAGCUGGGGCCGUGGCCGACAAACAUGGCGAGGCACAUACUGUUCUCGAUGAUUUCUUUUUUGUAUCGGGGGAAAUCCCUCGGCACACUGCCUACGAGAACGGGCUGAAGGGAGGGAUGCGCUUCAGCCACGAGGAUAACGAUUGGUUUUCCGACGAGCUCAUUGCUGAUGAACGAUUCUUGAUGUGUAAUCUGAAAGGCAUGUUGGUCACGCACAAGCGGAAAGGAAUCGUCAUGUUCACGGGCUGCAGCCAUGCUGGAGUGGUCAACGCGGCCAAGCAUGCGGUUGAAUGCCUGGAUGGUUCUGUUCCUCUUCAUGCGGUUGUGGGGGGCUUCCAUCUGGCCACUAGUGAGGAACAGCAGACGGAGAGCACGAUCAAGGACCUGAAGAAGCUUGAUCCGGCUGUGCUUCUGCCUGGUCACUGCACGGGUUGGCGGGCCAAAUUCGCCAUCGAGAGGCUUAUGCCUGGGACUCUGGUGCCUUGUACAGUGGGCAUCAAGAUCACAUUUUGA